GUGUAAGCGGGGUCGUGGUUCUAUAUUAAUAUAGACUCUAAUUACAUAUGAAAAACACUCGAUAAGUACUAUGCUAUAUUUCAUCUAGAAUUCCUGAUCUUGACUAACAUACAGCAAUCUCUUUCUUACCUAAACAAGAAGAAUCUAGUAUAGUAUGCCUGCAACUAGCGAUUCUGCGAGACUCCGCUCUCUUUACCCAUCUCCUAAAAACGUACAGCAGAGCCUACUCAAACGCCUAUACCCUAAUGGGAUCCCACGUUCAACGAUAGAGCAAUUCCACAAAUACAGCACUAUAGAUACGCCUCAACAAUGUUGGCAUAUAGCCUCUACCGAGAGUCUUCUUAAAGAAUUAUGCCCUUGGGAUAGUAAAUGCGUAAGCAUAGCUACACCAGUUCUACACCAAGUUCUACUACAUCAUAGUGUGUGGCCGUUUAAGCCGGAUAAGACUACUACUCUCACGCUAGAAGGCCUUGCAGUUGCCAUAGCGUUGAUAAUAGGAGGGGAUCAACCUUACAUUUCUUUAGAAGAGCGGCGUACAAACUACGCAAUCCGCGAACGACCCCGCAACUGCCUAGACAGAUACAGGCUUCUCUUUCAAAGCCUCUGUAGCAGUAGCAUCUGGGAAGAAAUGUCUACCAACAAUCACAGAGAAGAGAGUGACGACGAGGAUCUGGUUGCCGUACUGUAUAACACCAUGCCACAGCCCCAGAAACAGAGCAGACAACGCUUUCUUCCAGUGGCUGCAAUGCUUCCUAGCUCAUACUCCCAUAGGCUUACUGGAAGAGUACGUGUUCAAGCUGUCGAAGCAUUAGUAGAGUUACUUUCGGCUAUAGCUAUCGGAGACCAGAGAGAUAGCAAGAUUAUCAAGAUACAUGGUGAGACAGACAAUAUAAUCAGAUCUAUUACGGAAUGGCUCUCAAUGUUAGAGACUGGUCUGGACUGGAAACAGUUUUGUACGCUUAUAGAGAUGUCUACGCCUUUCCUACUUGCCCAGCUAGCUAAUACCAUAUGGCGUUGUUUCCCAGACCACCAAUGUGGCAGUCCGGAUUUUCAGCGUUUUGGGAUGAUACCACCAGCGGUUGCAACGACGAUAUCUCGGCGGAAAGAUAACUCCCUCAGUCUCCACCAUCUCACACAGCUUAGCUUAGUAGCACCUGACUUGAUUCUGACCAAGCUAGUGCUGCUUGCUCAUGGUACCCCUACAGAGCUAUCCUGCCAAACUAUAUGGAGAUUGAUCACAGAACGGUCUGCUGGUCGACUCUUAUAUAUCCAUGGCACUACAGAGCACGGGCCUUUAGAUCUUGUUCUCUGCCUCUAUCCAUCUUGUCUGCUCAAAGAUGAUAGAGUAGCUAGCGAUCCGUUCGUAGAUGUACUUUUGCCACUCGGAGCGUAUACAGACUGUCUUGUUCAGUUCUACCCUACCCACAGGGUAUUAAAAGGGAGCUUUACCCAAGCUAGGAUAGACUAUCAAUCUAUCGGCGCGCUCUCAGUACACCUAGGAGGUACCUCAAUUUGGUUUGAUGACGGGUUGGAGAAGGGUGUCAUGUAUACCAGUAAUACUCCUGUACUCUCCUUUACAUCUACAAUAGUAGAGAUUUGGGGUAAAAGUGAGUUAUUCUAAUAAUAUUUCUUCAGGCUGUUAUUCUACUUUUUAUCCUCUAUAAUAUGGCAUACCUACCAGAUUCUGUAUAUACACCACCAUACUCUGCUAUAUUGUAUAGUGUAGUAUUUCCUGCUUUAC